CUCUCCAGUUUUAGUAAAUCAACCCCUACAUGUCAUUCAGCAACAGGGGAAAAUUAAAGGGCGAAUACGGAGUUGACCUUCAGGUGUAGAGAAGGAAUUCCAUAGGGACGGUGACGGGGGUUGAAUACUAGAAGCAGCGAUUUUUUUUUUUUUUUUUUUCACCCAGGCAUCUGUUGUGUGUAGAAGUGCGAGCGCCUCAUUGUCAGCAUCAGCAUCGCUCAGCCAGCUAGCAUCAGAUGAGUAAUGGGAGGAUGCUGAGCUGUUGGUGAUGUCCAUAGAGCCAUGUGAUGCUCUGUGCUAGAACAGCAGCCCCUCUCAGCCGUCUCCUUUUCUUCUGUCUCCGGCUGUCAUGGCGACUGCCAGCAAUGUUACUCCCACUAAUUGCAGCUGGUGGCCUAUUUCAGCUAUAGACAACGAUGGAGGCAAAACCGAUGAGGGCCAGGAAGAGCCCGAAGCCUCCAACCCCAGCCCCAAAUCCAAGGACAAGCUGGUGCUGUACCACUGGACCCAGUCAUUCAGCUCCCAAAAGAUUCGCCUGGUGAUCGCGGAGAAGGGGUUGCCUUGUGAGGAGCGCGAUGUUAGCCUACCCCUGGCAGAGCAGAAAGAGCCAUGGUUUAUGCGUCUGAACCUUGGGGAGGAGAUACCGGUGGUCAUUCACGGGGAUCACAUCAUCAGCGACUACAACAAGAUCAUUGACUAUGUGGAGAGCAAUUUUGUAGGAGAACUCAUUCCUCAGUUGAUACCAGAAUCUGAAAGCCUUCUACACUCCAGGGUCCUCCAAUACCGAGAGCUGCUGGAAAACUUGCCCAUGGAUGCCUACACACAUGGAUGUAUUCUUCACCCAGAACUUACAAUAGAUUCUAUGAUCCCAAAGUACGCCACUGCUGAGAUCCGACGACACCUGACCAAUGCCAGCACAGAACUCUUGAAACUUGAUAACGAGGAACCUCAACUCACCGAGCCAUAUCUUUCCAAACAGAAAAAACUCAUGGCUAAAAUAUUGGAACACGACAAUGUGAACAACUUGAAGAAAAUCCUCUUUGAGUUAGCCAUGGUCCUGGACCAGAUUGAGGCUGAGCUGGAGAAGAGGAAAAUUGAAUACGAAGGACGGAAGUGUGAGCUUUGGCUUUGUGGAAGCACAUUCACUUUAGCCGACAUACUUUUGGGAGCCACGUUACAUCGACUCAAGUUCCUUGGACUUUCUAAAAAACACUGGGAAGACGGGAGUAGACCAAACUUACAGUCCUACUUUGAAAGGAUACAGAAGCGCUAUGCAUUCCGGAGAGUGCUUGGAGACAUCCACACCACCCUGCUGUCCGCUGUCUUACCCAACGCCUUUCGACUGGUGAAGCGAAAACCGCCAUCUUUCUUUGGGGCAUCUUUCCUCAUGGGCUCGCUGGGAGGAAUGGGAUAUUUUGCCUACUGGUAUUUGAAGAAGAAGUACAUCUGAAGACCGGAGGGUCAUCUGUGCCAAGUGCUAAUAUUAAGCCUAGUAAGAAAAACCCCAACAAAAUGUCACCACAAAACAAGUAUCCUUAAUGCUAAUGUAAACAUUCCAUUAUAGAACACUUAGACCUUAUAUUGCAACAAAUUACUGUUUGCAAAUGUCUUUUGUAGGAUCAGGAAAAAAAAAAACGAGUUUAGACUGUUGCAAACUUCUUAAACUGCUGUAUUUACCCCAAAGUUCUAAUUUGCUGUGUUAGUCUGACUGUUUCCUGUGCUUGCUGGCGGCAGUCAUUUUGUGAAAUUAGACCGUUUUGUAUCUAGGCCUCCCAGCCCUGGUGCUGUUUUUAAAUGAUGCAAGACUUCACCUCAGUUUCUUAGACUUACCUUCUAAAAGUAGACAACAGGCCUGGGGAUAGGAUGGAUAUUAGGCUACAGUACGGUUGCAAACCUCUACAUUUGUAAUAGUGGAUUACAGGCCCCUAGUACAGCUGAAGGUGUGACUACUGCUGCUAACUAACCAGCCAACAACUAUUGGUGUUAGAUUGUAGUGAAAUGCUCCCCUUGGCCAAUUAUCAGUAAUAUAGCCUAGGCCACUAGUGUUAGGUUGUAGUAAUAUAGCAUAGGCCACCAGUGUUAGGCUGUAGUAAUAUAGCCUAGGCCACCAGUGUGCAAGGUCAAUUAGUGGUACCAUAGCCUAAGCAACUGGUGUUAGGUUAGAGAAUGCUCCCCUUAGGCUAUGCAGGUUCAGUUAGUAGUGCUUUAGCUUAGGUCACUAGUGUAAGGUUGCAACAUUCUCCUCUUGGCCCAUGCAGGGUAAGUUAGCAGCACUAUAUAGCCUAGGCUCCUAAUGUUGGGUUGUAGCAUUCUUCACUUUGUCUAUACAGGGUUCGUUAGUGGUACUUCAGCCUAAGCCAUUAAUGUAAAUUUUCAGUAUGCCCCACUUGGUCUAUGCAGGGUAGGUUAGCAGUACUAUAGCCUAAGACACUAGUAUUAGUUGUAGCAUGCUCCACUUGGCCCAUGCAGGGUCAGCUUAUGAUGCCACUAGUGUUAGGUUGUAGCACACUCCCUCAUUCCUAUAGAGUAGUGGUCAUCAACCCUGUCCUCAGGACCCACUAACAGGCCAGGUUUGCAAGAUAACUGAAAUACAUCACA